AUGCUACAUUCAUACCACAGUACACCACAGCGCGAUAUUCCUUUUGAUGCAGCGCUCAAUGUGUGGCUGGUGGCGGCGACGACUCUGGUAGCGCCUUCGCUACAGUCUCAGAUAAUCAUCAUCCGGCGCACCGAGGAGGCGGCCGACGACGGCUGGAUCAACGUCGUCCAGCGAGGCCGACAUCUGCCGCCAACGCCACUGCAUAGACCACCGUCAUCGUGGGCACCGGCGGGCUGGAACAACCACGGCUUCGUGGCGGCCCGCCGGGUGCACCAGCCUUGGCACGUGGGACCCGUGCUGGUGGGUGCUGGAGGUGGCAUACCCGGAGGAGGAGCAGACUGGAAGCCGCUGUGGAUUCCGCUGGAUGGUAGGCACGGCUGGAGGCCGCAGUGGCCUCCAAGAGUGCCGUCAUCUACGCCAACUCCAUCUUCACCUACGCCACCACCACCACCUUCACCGCCUCCACUACCGCCACCGCCGCCCCCUUCAGAAGAACCGAAGCCCACGGCCGAGUCCAACCAACAAGAACCGCCAGCCAAGCAGGCCGUGUCCACUGAGAGCCCUGGUGCUUCCGGAAAAAACAAGGAACCGUAG